CGACUCCUGCACGUACGCUUGUGCAUACUCCCGUGUGUGUUUCCACCAGUGAAUGUAUGUGCUCACAGCCGUUGUGUUUGGGAGGUGGUGUAAGUCCCCUGUCGAGUCUGUGCACUCUGCUCCGUGCUCCGGUCCCGGUGGUUCAGGGAGGAGUGUUGAACCCAGCUUGUCGCCCACCACCCCAACUCGGGGCUGCGGCAGUUGCCGUCCGCCUACUCGGUGAAGAUGGCGGAGGUGCUGCCAGCGUCUCCUCGGCGCUCAGAUGUCCACCAAUCGAAGAGAGAUGAUCGACAGAGACUGGCCAAGGAAAGGCGAGAGGAGCGAGACAGAUCUUUGGCAAUGUUGUUCAGUGUUUGAGAUAUGGUUUGUGCACUUGAUCCUGUCUCCUGUGUCGUCAGCCAUGAGAGAGCAGCAAAUCCUGCAGAAGGAGAGAAAGGCUCGCCUGCUGUAUGAGAAGCAGAUGGAGGAGCGGUGGAGAAAGCUAGAGGAGCAGCGUCAACGCGAAGAGCAGCGCAGGGUGGCUGUAGAGGAGAAAAGAAGGCAGAGGUUUGAAGAAGAUAAAGAACGUCACGAAGCCCUGCUGCGCCGCACCUCUGAACGUUGCCACCAGUUCGAGUACUGGCAAAAGCGGUGGUCGUGGGGAGGAGCAGCGCCAACGGGGACAGGAGCCCAGGGACAGGACGGUGAAUCAGAAAAUGCCACACCCCUUCCUAUAGAUCUAGCAGCCAACACCUUUCCUUCAGAGCCCGUGAUCUUUGAUGCUGCUCCUUCUGCGACUGGAAGCCCUCUCAAGCUCCCUUCCAAACCUACAAGUCCAAGCAGAGACAGACAGAGUCCAGCAACCACUUCCAGCUCACCAAGAGAAGUCAAAGAGAGUCUGGCGUUGGAGAUGCAGCAGGCAGUGCAAACAACUGAGAAAACGAAGAAGGAAAAGAAGCACGCAUCCGGUGCAGGAUCCAGUACCACAUCCACGCUCAGAAGAUCUCAGUCUCCAGCGAACAUGUCCAAAAGGUCAUUGUCACCGGCAGUGAAGCACAGUUCAAAAGCUCGGACUCAGUCGCACAGCUCUUCCAAAGAGUUUCCACCAUCUCCAACCUCCAGUGGGAAGUCCUCCCCCAUGAGAAGACGUCCAUCUUCCAACAACAUUGCAGAGAGUGGGAAAAAGAGCAGAGAGAAGGGGGAAGUAGCUCGGCAGAGAUCCGAGGAGGCAGAGCAUGCUGAGGGUGGUACUCCUCCUGCAACGACUCCAGUGAAAGAGCACGAGAGGAGAAAAGCAGCUGUGGGUGAAGACACAUCCAGUACAAAGAGUAUGGCAGGAACCACUGAUCCAGAGGAAGCAGCCAAGCUUCUAGCAGAAAGACGAAGACUUGCACGACUGCAGAAGGAGAAAGAAGAGCAGGAGCGGCGAGAGCAGGAAGAAGCUGAGAGGAAAAUGAAGGAAGAGUUGAAGAGAAUAGAGACUGAAAAGAAGGCACGUUGUGAAGAAGAGGCACGCAGGCUUGCAGAAGAACGAAGACAGCAGGAGUUGGAAUGCCAAAGAAGAGCAGAGGAGGAGAGAAUGAUGAAGGAACAGCAAGAGAAAGAACUUCUGGCCAGGCUGGAGCAGCAGAGGGAAGAAGCUGAAGUCAAGGCUCGGGAGGCUGCUGAGCGACAGCGGCAAUUGCGGGAGCAGGUCAUCCUGCAGAUUGAACAGGAGAGGUUGGAGAGAAAAAAGAGAAUAGAAGAGAUCAUGAAACGAACCAGGCGAAGUGAUGCUGGAGAGACCAAGAAAGAAGAAAUUAAAGCAGUAGUUGAGCUAACUGAGAACAGUGCAAAGGAGCAACAAACCUUGACCUCCGUGGAACCAGUGGAAGUCAGCACAGCACUGCUUUGUUUAGAAAGCAAGCAGGAUGAGAUGGCACAUUCUGCUGUGACCCCACCUGAAGCUAUACCAGACCUGGAAGUGGUGCCAGCAACUGAGCAAAUGGAUGAGCAACCCAACAGUGUGGAUGAGUCUACAGAUGAGAUACAGUCAAUGGAUGUCAGAGCUUUGAACACAUGGAGCAUGGGCUUGAUCAGCCCAAGACUACUGUGUCUCUUUACGAAGAUUAAUGCAGCCUUCGUUAACCAACAGCAAUCCUUCAUGCAGCACUUCAAUCAUCUGUAUUAAAUGCUCUUUUUAAUUUAGGAAAAAAAAACAGCAUUCUAUAAAUGUUGACUCUGGUCAUAGCAGUCAGUUUAAACAUACCCUCGGGUGCUAUUCAUCCCGCAAAUAAAUUGAAAGUAAAAACUCACGAAUAUGAUUCAUUGUCAAAUAUGCCUCCUAUUAGAUGAAAUACUACCCAUAGUUUCAGAUGAUUAUGAAUAUCAUUGUUAUUUAUUGAGCUUCUGCAGACCUCUUAAUAUUCAAGCCUAUUGACUGAAUUUGCAUCAGGAGAGUGAUUUAAUUGCAGUAUGAAUGAUACUUGUUGCAAAGCAAAGAUAAGAUUAAGGUAAUUGUAAUGUGUAUUUAGAAAACUCAGGUAUUCUUCAGUGGUAACUGAAUGUUAAUUUUAGAAUGUUAACUAUGUUUUAGUCUGAUUCACUAAGCAUUUUGCAGCAUAUUUAAUGGAUUUUAUAAAUGAAUUUUCUGCACAACCACAGUCUUUUACAAAAAGAUUUGUGCAACUCUUCUCUUCAGUUGCUAACUAACAUUGUAUUUAAAUGCAGCAUUAUCACCCACAAUAUCAUAAUUGGCUCAAAAAUAAACAAGUAAUUUCUCAUUAAAUGUACAUCAUAAUGUUCUCUUUUUGUUUGAAGCUUCACUUGUAACUUGCGUUCUUUACACCUUUUGGCAGAGUAAUACCAAACACUUCAUUGACAGAAACCAGAAAAUGAUUCUGUUAGUCUAUUCGAGAUUAUUAUUGUAGACAGCACUUUCAGCCUUCUGAGUUUUGACCGACAAAGAAAUUCUCACAAAGGCUAAAUGCUUAAAGAUCUAGAUAGGAUUGGAAAGCUUCCAGGCUUGUCCCAGAAUCUUAAGAAAUUAAAGAUUAAUACCUUGGGGGUUGCUGCAAGCAAACAUUGAGAACUGUUGCAUGCACAUAAAACUAUUAAAAUUAUAUAUUCAUUUACUUGUGACUUUUCCCCAAUCAUUAGUUGCUAAAGAGAUAAUGCUUGAACUUUGACUCAGCAGGAUGGUUGGAAGUAAAUUGUCAUAUUAUGUAAACUCCUGGAGCGUCUCCAAUCAGAGUUGUCAGACCUACUGGAUCUAAAACAUCCAGCAGAACUUACUGAUUGGCUUCAAUCAGUCUAACACUAGAUUCACAAAGCCUUCACAAAUCAGUCAUCAGCUUAAACUCAGGCGAGUGCUAAAAAAAACUCCUACUGGUAUAUUGCAGCUGAGUGCUAGGUUCACACCAAAGUCAAUUAUUUAUUUUUAUUGAUCUUGAUGUUUUGCUGCGAGAACUACCUGAUGUGGAUGAUUGAUUACAGGUGAAAAACAAGGAUAGCAAAACUGAACUUUUGCAAUUUAAAAAAAGGAUUUGUAAACAUGUAGCUGACAGCCAUAUGGUAAUAGAAUUGAAAAUCAUUUGCAUACUUAAGGGUAGUGUCCUGGAUUGUGUCAGUGGGCAUAAUUACUGUGCAAGACUAGUUUGCAGCCUUGGGAAACAAGCUUGAUCACCUGCCUCACAUUUAGUCACAUUUCCAUUUGGAAAGACUGUGUUGCACAAUAUCAAACUCUGAUUAUGAUCUCUGCAAAGACUAUGAUUGCUUGUUGCCAAGAAAAGCAGUACAUUUCUUUUAGAAAAUUAAAAUGUGUAUGUGGCCAAUUUGAAUUGCUGGCUUAAAAUCUCAAAAUCAGCUGUAUAUCAGCUUCUGUUAGAUUGUAAAACGUAUUUUCUGGUGCUUAUUAACUAAAGAACUAAUGUUAUUGUGUGUGACAUUACACACAUAUAUAUGGCCUAUUGUUUAAUUGCACUAAUGGGUCCAUUCUGUCAAUGGACUGUCAACAUAAUGGUCUGCAUGCCACAUUAAUCUGCUCAAACGAUCUCAUUUGAGGAUGCCACAAUAUCUAGCACAUCCAUUGACGAUUUCUGCUUCUGUAACAACUCUGUUAAUUCAGUAUCUUUGGCCAAUAUUCAAUAAUUGUUAUGUAUCUGCUGAUGUAAUAAAUCUCAUAAUUUUGAGCAUGUAUGUGUAAAGCAUCAAUAAAUUUUUAUUGUAAA